AUGGCCAUACGACCCGAUGGGGCCGAGAAAUCUCCGAAUUUCCAGGAGCUCUCCCCCCACACUACUCCUGGCGCUUCUCCACAGAUCUUCCUGCGGUACGUGGAGCCGACGGUGUUGCUGUGCAUGGUGGAGCCUUGGUUCAGGGAGCUCGGCUUCACCCUCUUCUACGGCGCCAUCGUACUCAAGCUCUACAGGAGCCUUGUGGACUAUCGCACGAGGAAGGCUCACCGUUAUGUAAUCCGUGACCGUGACUUGCUCAAGUACCUGGCCGGCCUGGUGGUGUUCAUCACAGGUUACCUGGCCGCCUGGUCUGCCCUCACAGCCCACCUAGCCACUGAGGGACACUCACCGCUUGCUCUAGGACGCACUAGUGAGGGCCUGGCCUUCAGUGUCUGUAAAAGUGUCUGGUGGGAAUAUGUUACAGAGACUGGCGAACUUCUCUUCAUUCUCUUUGGUUUAUAUCUCGCAUGGCACCUCAACAAGGCUGCAGGAAAUUCCGGCGAUCCCAGUGAAUUUUCAGAACGGCGAGCCUUAGCAAGUGCCCUCGUGUUGGAGUUUGUCGCAUCAGCCAUUCUGUACGUCGGCCGUCACCUUGUCUGGCUACGGGCACACCCUGACCAUGUGUUCCUGGCAUAUUUUGCACGAACACACUUGACUGUCACUCUCUCCCUUUUGAUGAUCCUCACCCCAAAGCUGUGGUGUGCUAGUAGUGGAGGGGGGCGUGACCUGCCCAGGAGGACCUACUCUACCACAGAAGGUGCCCAGGAGUCACGCUACUGUGAUGCUCUUACUAAUGGUGAUCUUGAGGCCUCCGAUAUCAACCUUAGUCAAAUGGACCCCGAAGAGAUCAGGACUGAGCUGAGGAGAGUUUACACACAACUUGAGGUUCUACGAACUAAGACCAUGCGGAAAGACAAUCCUCACAUCUCCAAGAGACGUGGAGGACGCAAGGCAACUCACAGGAGGUUCUCCCUACAAAGCCGCAAAGGAAGUCGAGAAAAGUCCUUCCAACGUUACCAUCAGCGUCCUCUGCCACACCCGCUGGAGGGCUGCGAAGGUGAUAUUAGCAAAACCCCUGAAGAAUCUGUAUGUUCUAUUGAAGGCCCUUCAGUACUGUCUGUGUAUGCUGAUGGUCCCUCAGACAUAGGAACACCAUCAAUCCUGCACAGAUCGUAUAAAUUAUGAAAACAUCAUCCAAGGAUGCAUGAUACAUCGUCCAGCACUGUAGAUGAGGCCAGACUACCCUAAAAAAAUGGUUAUUCUUUUAUCAUCACUUCCUUAUUUUGAUGAACCUCCCAAUAAAGCACAGGAGACUGGACUACUUCAUAUAGUUUUAAGAGAGAUUUAAAUCAUCGUCCAAGUGUGUACAACAUAGUAUGUACAAAUCAGAUGACAGUUAGUCAACUAAAUAUGGGUAGAAUAUGUAUCUUAGAUUUAUAGUCUUACGAUUUAUAUAGAUAAUUAAAAUCUGUUUUAGACUGAACGUUAACUUAGAUAAGUGAAAAAUAUUAUGUAAAUUUAGUAACACUGGUACCACAUAUAAAAGUGGAAUAUGCUUUGUGUUGUGGUAUUAUAACUUUUUGGCCCAAUCAAGGGUGCAUUUGCACUACAUCCUAGUCUUGUCACAUAUGUUAAACACUUUUACUAGGCUACUGUUAAUUGCUCCCCGUUAUUGUGUUUUACAUAACUCAAAUUACCUUCUCAUAAAAGCUCCACCAAGUUCUUUUCACACUGAUGGACUAGACGAGAUACACACGACAGUACCACCUCCAUUCAUACAAUUGACAUAUUCAAGCUUAAAAGAGAAAGAGAACCUGAGAAUCAUACUUACAAAAUGUGAAUUUCCAUCAGCAAAACCUGCCAGGCAUAAAACAUCAUAAAAGUGUAAUUGUGUAACAUAUGGACACACCCUUUAGUUGUUCAUAUAUUUAUGCAAAAAAUAAUGUUAUUUAUUGCAGCAAACUUAUGGUGACAAAAAAUUCAUGAAAGUCUGAUACUGAAAAGUUGAUAAUACAAAAAUUGGUUAUUUGCAAAAUAGUUUUUGGUUCAGAGAAAGAAAUAUUAGACUAUACAAGAGAGCAUCAUAUCUUAUGUUAACACAGGCACAUUUAAAGCCUAUCCAAUCUGGACCAGUUCUUCCUGGGGAUGGUUUAAUUAUGUAUAGUAUAGGGUCUACACUGUAGCAAAUUUCCUUUAAAUCAAGCUAUUUUGCCUUGAAUCAUUGAUAUAAUUAGAUAUACAUUUUUUUUUUAAACUCAGGUACUCAUAAAACAAAUUGUUAGCUGAUGGUUUUGAGAGUAGUGAAAGACCAUCUGUAUUAUUGAUUACAUGACGCAUGCAUUCCUUAGUGUUCUUAUCAUAUGUGGUGGACUUACUUAACCCAUACUUCUUUACCAGAAUCACCACACUCUAGGAUCUCUAAUAUUGGUACAGUACGGCAUGCCUUCACUUUCAGCUGUUCAAUGAAUGUGUUAACACACUAUAGGCAAUCCAGUACUGUGUAACACAGAAAGAUACUUAAAAAAAAUAUCCAUGCAGGUCUACUGAGAGCCAACAUACUCGGUAGCUGUCACGUGACAUCAAUCGUCUGUUCAGCUGACUGGGCUACAUGAGUUGCAUGUUUACAUUCUAGACUUUCGUACACAAGCCAGAAUUGGAUCUGAAUCUAAGAACUUCUGAAAAUCGUUCAUGUGUUCUAUGUCCGGAAAAAAUUGGAUUUGGUUAUUUUUUGUACUGUAAUUGCUGGUUCACCACCUUAAAGAUAAUAUAUUCGUUGGUGAUUUGAUAAUACUGUAAAAUCACGUAUUUCAGCUCUAUCUAUAGGGAACGUUUAACAUGGCACAUUUAUAAACAAACGAAUUGAAAGUAGCAACAGUCAAAUAAUGACCUAAAAAUCAAGUUCAAUACACUUAGGUGUGACAAACCCAGAUAUAUCAGGUUAUGCGGGGUCAAAACAAAGGCAUCAAGACAGUUAAAUUCUUUAUGCUAAGUCAGUGGACUUGACUAACAUGCAUUGAGCAGCAUCAUGGCAGACAAAGUACUUUGGAGCCAUCAGGUUAGGGGGAAGUGUCUCGGUGACCUCUCCUUAGAAAACAGCAUGAGAGUGUUUAACUUUUAUUCACAUAUCCAACCAGAAAGUAAUUUUAUGCAAUAAAAUGUGUUUUCAAAAUAUUCACAAAAAUCUAAUUUGCAUUAUCAAGAAACAAUUACGUAUAUUGUACAACUUUUGAAUGAGUGCACACUGAGGUAUGCAAGCAGCUUCGUAUUGUUAUUUACAUAAUGUUUGAGUUAUUUAAGCCUGCAGUACAUUCUGGGUUAUUUAGGUAAAACUGAAUAAUGAUUUAGUGAUCUCAAGGAAAUUGGAGACUUCUGAAAAUUGCUCACAUAUUUCUGCUGUUACACAAAGUUUUGUCAUGACACAACUUAUAGUCUGAUAGCGUCUAAUUAGUGCAGAAACAACAAAUCUGAAACUCAGCUGUAGCUCAAGCAGUUGGUGUUGUACAAUAUAGAAAUCACAUCAAAAUAUGUUUUCUCAUGCCUGUUCAAAUUGUUUUCACUUAAUUCGGUACUAAAACCUUCUCCUGUACUGCAUAUGUGUU